CGAGACCUUAAACACAAUUAUGACACUCCUGCAGCGAUAAAAAGUUAUUUUUCCCCUUGAAGUGACUUCUGUCAAUCAAAAAGUUCAUUUGAUUUUAACAUGACAGCCAAGAUAGAUGCCUUGGAAAUCCAGGGGAUCCGCAGCUUUGGGCCAAAUGAUAAACAGGCGAUGCAGUUCUAUACACCUCUGACGCUUAUUCUGGGCCCAAAUGGAACUGGGAAAACAACGAUCAUUGAAUGCCUGAAGUACCUGACAACAGGAGAAAUGCCACCUGGCUCAAAAGGAGGCACUUUUGUUCAUGAUCCUAAGAUGGCUGCAGAAAGAGAGGUCAAAGGUCAAACACGCCUGAUCUUCCGUGAUGUCACUGGCAACAAGUGUAUGGUUGUUCGGUCACUUAUGGUCACCCAGGAGGCUAAUAAUCGCCUUAAGAUGAAAACGUUGGACAGUUCACUGGCUCGGCGGGGAGAUGAUGGGCAGAUGAAGACACUGACAUCACGUUGUGGUGAUAUGAAUCGCGAGAUGGUUGCAGCUCUUGGCGUAUCAAAGGCAGUUCUUGAAAACGUGAUAUUUUGCCACCAGGAGGAAUCUAACUGGCCGCUACUCGAAGGGAAAGCUGUCAAGCAGCGAUUUGAUGACAUCUUUGCAUCGACAAGAUACGUCAAGGCUCUUGAGAAUAUUAUCAAGAUCAAGAAAGAAGAGGGCGGAAACAUUCGUGAGUUCCAGGCUGAGAUCAAAUACUUGAAGGCGAAUAAAGAGAAGGAAGCCACGUUGAAACGCGACCUUGACGAUGCGGAGUCCCGCUUCCAAGCCGCCAAUCACUCACUGCAGGAGAUUAAGAACAGACUAGCACCAGUUGAGGGCAAGUUAGACGAGAUUAACAAGAAUGCUGCCAACAUUCACAAGUUGAAAACUCAAAUUGAAAAACUCAGCAGUGAGAAGAAGGAAAUGGAGCGCACAACGGCAAUGUUCCGUGAGAAAAUUACGGUGGAAUUUGACGGUUCUUUGGAUGAGUUGAAAGAGGAGCUGCAGGAAUUUAAGAAGAAGAUUAAGGAGCGCCAAGGCCAGCUUAGAAAGAUUGAAUCAAAGCUGGAUGGUUUCAGCCACGACCUGUCCAAACACAAUCAGAGGAGGUCGCAGCUCUUGACAGAGCAAGGCAAGCUGCAGCAUGAGGCAAAGGUUCAGGGUGAUAACUGUCAGCGGAGAAAUGCGACCAUCAACAAGUAUGCACAGGAGUAUGAAUUCGAAGGUUUUACGGAUGUCAGUGACCAACACGUGCCAAAGUUCAUGGAGCUUUUGAAAGGACGAAUUGACGAGAGUCUCAGGGAGGCGAAGAGACUGCGUGAUCUGUAUGAAGAAAAGGAGGCCGAGGUUCAAAGUCGCAUCGAUUCCGUCCGUGAAACGAAAACCAAGUUUGUACAGACUGAAGCUAUGAGGGUGGAUAUGGUGAAAAAGAAUAAGGCCGAGGUCAAAUCGCUGACGCAGGAGUUAAAUCGUGUUGAUGCGUCUGCUGGGAAACUGGAUUCUCUCAAUCGGGACUUAUCCAGGACGGAACAUGACCUCACUGCUGCUGAGAGAGCUGUUGAUAUUGAUGUGUUGAAGACGGAGGUCAGCCAGCUACAGAAGGAGAGGGUCACGCUUGAUAGGCAAGCAAAAGAAAUAGAUUCUGAGAUGAGCCGUAUGCACCUGGAGUCAACCCUGCGUACAGAGCUGGACAUGUUGAAGAAGGAGAAAGGAUCCAAAGAGGAUCAAAUUAGAAAAAUUAAAGGACGCCAUGAAGAUACAUUCCAGCAUUUGUUUGGACAUGUACCAUCGACAAAUGUGCGCAGGACACUUGAAGACUAUAUACAGAAGUUGAAUCAGGAGAUCCACAAGGAGAACUCGAAGCUUCAACAAGAUCGGCAGCAAAUAUCACGUAAAGAGGGCCAGUAUAAGAUAUACAAAGAGGAGCUGACUAAAAAGGAGCAAGACUUGAAGGAACAUGAGGAAAGUAUGUUUGAGAUGUGUGGGAGCCAGGACUUCGAUGAAGGUGUUGCAGGAUUGCAAGACAGACUCAAGAAAAUACAGGAUGACAAGGGCUCUGUUCAAGGAGCCAAACAUUUCUUUGACAAGUAUGUGAAGCAGCUGCAGAAGGAUGACCCGACGUGCCCGCUUUGUCAGAGAGGGUUUGAUGAGCAUGCAGAGGUGGAAGAGUUGGUUCAUUCGCUUCAAGGCCGUCUGAGAUUGGCUCCACGUGAACUCGAGAAGAAGGAGCAAGAGUUACGAGACACAACCAUGAAAUACGAGAAAAUGAUCCAGAUGAAACCGGUCUUGGAAGUGAUGGACAGAUUGAGUAAGAAGGAGAUCCCAGAUUUGAAGAAUUCAUUGAAGAAACUUGGUUCUGAGAUCGACAAGCUGAAGAAGGACACAUCUGAGAUGGACGACUUCAUCCAGCUGAAACAAGAUGAUGAAUCCAUGGCAAAGGAGUUACAACCUGAUGUUGUGACCAUGGAUAGAUUUCAGGGCGAGUUACGCGACUUGGACCGCAAGAUUGCUCAGCAGUCGACGAAACUCUCAGGAGAGGACAAUGACCGCACAAUGCAGCAAGUGGCAAAUGAGAAAGAAGAGGUCUCCUUGAAGCUCAAUACCGUGAACAACAAUCUUGACCAGAAGCGCGACAAAAUCAGCCGGCAGACGGAGCUGAUCCAGACCCUUAAAUCCGAGGUGAACAGCUUCAUGGCUGAGAAACUCCAGAUAGAAAAUGAUUUACAGAAAUGUAUCAAGUUGAAAGAGACAAAGGCGGAGCUGAUCAGUUCAAACCAGCAGUACGAGCGGGAGAUUGAGGAAGCACGGGAACAGAUACAACCGCUUGAGGAUAAGAUCUUGCAGUUGAGGAAGGAGCGUGAGGACAUCGUCAGCAAGAAAGAUACCAAGAUAGAUGAGACCAAGGCAGAUAUGUCACGAAUGAAGGAACAUGGCAAUGAGGUGCGGCAGAUCCAUCGGGAAAUCACCAAGUAUAUGAAUGAGGGUCGAGACACAGCACUCGCCCAAUGCCAGGAACAGAUGAAGGAGCUGGAUGCUAUGAUGGAUGAUAUGAGGAGAGAGCAGAGCCGGUACUCAGACAACCUCAACCAGUUAAAGGAGGAACUCGUCAAUCAACAGGUUAAAGAGCGGGAACUCUCCGACAACCUCGAGAUGAGAGAAAAGGAAGAGGAAAUCAAGGAAGUCAAUAAGAGAAUAGAUCAUCUUGGGAAGAAGAUUGGUGACUUUGACGUCAGUAACUUAGAGCGGCAAAGACGACAACUGAUGGAGGAGCAGGAUGACUUAAACGCAGAGAAACACACUGUAGUCGAGAGACAACGGAGCUUGAAGGAUGACAUCAAGAGAAUCACUCGCGAGCUGAAUACGGAUUAUAAGGAUGCUGAAGUCAAAUACAGGGAUAAAAUGAUCGCAUUGAAGACAACAGAACUAGCAAUGAAGGAUUUAGACAAGUACUACAAGGCUCUCGAUAAGGCUGUGAUGCGUUACCAUAAGAAUAAGAUGGAGGAGAUUAACAAGAUCAUCAAAGAAAUCUGGAGGAACACGUACAGAGGGAAUGAUAUCGACACGAUAGAGAUACGUUCUGAUGAAGAUGAGGCUGGCCUUAGCAAAGGUAGACGGACAUAUCAUUACCGAGUUGUCAUGGUGAAGAUGGAUACAGUCAUGGACAUGAGGGGGCGCUGCAGUGCGGGACAAAAGGUGCUUGCUUGUUUGAUUAUUAGACUUGCACUGGCUGAGACGUUCUGUCUUAAGUGCGGCAUCCUUGCUCUUGAUGAACCCACCACAAACUUGGACCGAGAAAACAUUUGCAGUUUGGCAUAUGCUUUAACAGAAAUAAUCAAGAGUCGAGCAGGGCAUAGAAACUUCCAAUUGGUUGUGAUCACCCACGACGAAGACUUUGUGGAACUUUUAGGAGGUUCAGAUUAUGUAGAAUAUUUCUUCAAGAUCGGCCGCGAUGUUCAGGGACAUUCCAUGAUCACCAGAACACCAGUGAAUGGCCUAAGAACAUAAACAACUUUCCCAAGGACACAAUCCUCACAGAAUUAUCUGGCAAUGGUACUACAUGUAUAUGGCUGAAGAGUCUUAUGUCCAAAAAACAAACGACUCUAAUUGCUUCAAUUGCUGCUAAUGAAAGUACUUUUUGUGUGUGUAUCCACACAGAAGCAUUUGGGUAUACUGUUAACCCCUUUAAUCCCAUGGGGCUAUAAUUUGCCUUUCUCUGGGCUUUGAAAUUGAAAUGAAAAAAUUUUAAUUUGCCUUUUUGCAAGUCUGCUUUUUCUCAAUGGCCUGUUCUGAGGUGCUUUAUACCACUGUGUUCUGCUUAUGAAAAUAAAUGAA